GGGCGGGGCGGUGGCCGGUAGUCCCGGAGCGCUCCCGCCGCGUGGAGCCGCGCUGCCCGCUCCCUGCCCGCUCCGCAGCUCACCCCGAGCCGUGCCCCGGCGGGCCCGGCGGUCGCGGGGAUGGGCGCGGGGUUGUGAGGGCGGCGUGAGCCGUGGCCAUGGGGAACAUCUCCUCCAACAUCUCCGCCUUCCAGUCCCUGCACAUCGUCAUGCUGGGCCUGGACUCGGCGGGGAAGACCACAGUGCUUUACCGGUUGAAGUUCAACGAGUUCGUCAAUACCGUGCCCACCAUCGGUUUCAACACGGAGAAGAUCCGGCUGAGCAACGGGACGGCCAAGGGCAUCAGUUGCCACUUUUGGGACGUGGGUGGUCAGGAGAAGCUGCGCCCGCUCUGGAAGUCCUACAGCCGCUGCACCGAUGGCAUCAUCUACGUGGUGGACUCAGUGGACGUGGACCGGCUGGAGGAAGCCAAAACAGAGCUGCACAAGGUGACCAAGUUCGCCGAGAACCAGGGCACCCCACUGCUGGUCAUCGCCAACAAGCAGGACCUGCCCAAGUCCCUGCCAGUGGCCGAGAUCGAGAAGCAGCUGGCGCUCCAUGAGCUGACCCCUUCCACCACCUACCACAUCCAGCCCGCCUGCGCUAUCAUCGGCGAGGGGCUCACGGAGGGCAUGGACAAGCUCUACGAGAUGAUCCUGAAGCGGAGGAAGUCCCUCAAGCAGAAGAAAAAGCGGUAGAAGCCCCGCAGACACGGGGAGGGAUAGAGAAGCAGACAAAGGAACCGAGGGGGAGAGAGAACCAAAGCGAUUCUUUUGGGUUUUAAUUGCUAUUAUUAUUUUUUUUCCUCCUUUAUUUUUUUUUUCCUUCUUCUUUCCAAAUGAAAAGACAAUAGUGGUGAUGACAAAGCCGCCUCUGCCAGCCAAGCCCAGAUCCCGGCUGCGGGCGAGAUAGCCGGGAUCUCCUCCCCUCUCACCCGCCCCUUUCCGUGGACCACCGUGCUCCCCGGGGCCCGAUCCGGACAUCUGGGCCCCUGGGCCGGGCUGGAAACAUGGCUGAGGGGGCCAGACCCCCCCCCUCCGCCCUUCGGGACCACCGAGCUUUUGUGUGCCGUGGGCGAACAGGGCAGGACCCUGUUGAAGUGCAUUUUGAGAGAAGCCCGGCGUGCUUCUGGAUCUUUAGCGUGGACAUUUUGGGGUGCGGGAGAGGGGAGUGUAGCAGGGAUGCGGUGGGGAGGGAUGGAUGCUAAAGGGGGGGUGGGGGGGGCGUCGAAGGCAGCGCUCGGGCUCAGCAAGGUUAGCGGUAAGGGAACUGCCAUCCCUGCAUUCCUCCCCCGCGCUUGUCGGUGGGAAGGGGUGUCGAAAGCAGGAGGGGGGUUGGACCAGCACAAAAUGUCUGUGUGGGUGAUGGGUAAGGGAACACGCCCCUCUUGCUCCCCCCCCGGCUGGUGUUUUAGGGUGCGAAUGGACAGACAGCCUACAGGCUGGGGGGUUGUAAGGCUGCGGCGCCGGGCACGCUUAGCGGCUGCUGACUGGUGCUGAGCCUUAAGCUAUUUGCUUAAAAAAAGAAAAAAAUAAAUAAAAAAAAUAAAAGGGGGGGAGGGCGUGGGGUUUGUGUAACGCUGCUGGAAGCUUUGGGGGUUUGUCCAGGAGUCCCCCUUCUCAAAAGCUCAGUUGUGCCAUCUUCCACAGUGAAGCGCCGAGUAGGUUUUUAUUGUGUCCAGGCAGAGAGGCGUGCUCCAAGGUGCUAUUUGCUCCAGCUGGGGUGAUCCAAACUAGGGGUUACUCAGUAAAAACAAACAAAAAGCAAGCUUUGUGGUAGCACUGUGCUGCUCUGCAGUUGGUGCAAGAGGUCAGGGCAGCGCUUGCUGAAUGUAGGUUUUUGGCAGGGGUCAUGGCAGGGCAGGACAGACGGAUGGCUGCUGGCACUGCCUGCCGAGAUGACCAGAGCUUGCAAAAUUUUUGCUGGAAAGGGACUCGGCAGCGCCGGGAAAAUGGCAGGGUGUAAAGAGACAUGGGUGGGGGGGCAGGGCGACAGCAUGGGGGGUGUUAGCUUUUUUUAUAGAGAUUUAAACCCAAAUCAAAGCAGAGCGCCCCUUGCUGCCAGCAGUAGCUGUGGGCUGCCUGCUGAGCACCCAGGGCAGGGUCAGGUCCUGCUGUGUCCUUCUGCGGGUGGACAUUUGGUACCUGGUUGGGUCUGAGGUCCUAGGGACCAAAAGCCAUUUGCUGUCUGUGUUUUGGCCUGGGACCCAGCUCUAUGGAGGAGGAAACCAAGGUCCUGGUUUUCCCGCUGCCCUCAGGGGCCAAAUACCCUGAAUUUUGAGCCAUGCAAUCUGGCAGGAUUUUCUGGUGAUUUUACACCAGCCUUCCUGUUUGAAAAUCCCUUCCCAGAGCAGCCAAGGAGAAACCACUAAGCAGACAAAAGAAUAAUGCCCUCUGGGUUUCAGGGAGUUGAUUCUCACCUUGCAGCAAUGAGCGUGACACCUUCCAAAUAGCGUUUUGUUUUGUUUUUCUUUUCGUUAGGAAACAAAUGCUGCAGCCAAGUAGUAUUUCUCUUCUUGUGGGGUUUGAGUUCCCAACACGAGUCCUGACUUGUGCACUGAGUGGGCUGGUCCCAUCAGUUCAGGUGGCUCUGUUCUCGCUUCCUUGGGUUUUCUUUGCUUUGUCUUCACCUCCAACGCUGGUACUUGCUGUUGAGAGAGAAAAAGAAAAGCAUAUUUAUUUUUGAUGCCACAGAAGCCACAUGCAUUAACCCUUUUUUUUUUUUUUUUUGUGGAGAGACCCAUUUUAGAGGCAAAAUAUAAAGCUAUGUUUUUCCCACCAACUCAGAGGUGACCAGGUUUUAAAAAUGACAAGUGCAGGCUAUUUAGCUGUGGGUUUUGCCUCUUGCUGUCAAGAUGUAGAUCUUGGUUUGGCAAAUGGGGGUUGGUUACCACCAGCUCAGCUGAGCAUCCCCUUGGUUUUGGUUGAAAUGGCUGGUUUUCAGCAGAGCCCUUAAGCCUGUGCUGAACUGGCAGCAUGUGCUUGAAGGUUCAGCUGAGCCAGGUGGGAUGCUGUGGCAGUGCUGUUCCCACCAACUCUGCUUUCUGCAAUAAUUAAAAAGACUUUUCCAAUUAGUAGCUAAUGGCUUCCAUGGUAUUUCUGUAACAUUUCGCAACCGUAUGCUGAUUUUUCCUGGAUGAAAAUGUGUGUUGCCUGCAGUGGGCUAGAAGAAGAGGUGCCUCAGCAAAACAGCAGUUAAGGGAAAGUACCGGGGUUGUUGCUCUGAAAACAAGCUGGGCUUUUUACAAGGUUGUGUGUCUUCUCUAAAUACAUUUGAAUGACAAUUUUUUUUU